AUGGAAAAUAAUCAUAAAAAUAAGAAUCACAUAUUCAAACAUAUUACGGAAAAACAUAGUUUUAUUACUUUAGGAAAAUGGAACACCUUUAAUAACAGUUGGUCCACACUGUAAUUAGCACAAAACAAAAUCAAAUAAAAAUAUAUAAUUAAUUUUUUUUAAAAAGGGCCUAUUUUUAUAAGUGUAUGGAUAGGAUUAUUUAUAUUAAGUUGUUUAAUAACAGGAAAUUUAAUAAAAAAAAAUGUUGAAAUAGUAUGGAUAGUUAUAACGACAAUUAUAAGUGUUUUAUAAUUAAGCAGUUAUUUAAUUACUGCACUAGCAGAUCCAGGAUAUGCUUAAUAAAACGAUUAAGAAACAUAAUAUGUAAUAGAAAAAAUGUAAUAAGUAGUGAACUUUUAAGUUAGAGAAUGUAAUGUUUGUAAUAUUUACAAGGAUAUAUAUACUGAACAUUGUGAAAUUUGUAAUAUUUGUGUUAGAAAUUUUAAUCAUCAUUGUCCUUGGAUUGGAAAAUGUAUUGGAAAAGGAAAUAAAAAUUAUUUUAAAUUUUUUAUUAAUAUGACUCAAAUUUAUAUUAUUUAUUCUAUUGCAAUUACUAUUUAUACUAUUAAAGAAACAAAAGAAAAUGGAAUUAAUAUUUAAAGUAUGAAUUUAUGA